AUGGCGGACCCGGGCAAUGGCCUGGCGCCAGAUCUGAGGAAGCGGAUCGAGAUCAUGGCGGACCACAUUGCCAGGAAUGGCGCGGAGUUCGAAACGACGGUGAAGCAGAAGAACGCUAGCAAUCCGCAGUUCGCCUUUCUGUACAAUGGUGAGGGCGCUGAGUACUACCAGCAGGUCCUUGCUAAGCACCGAGGAACGCAGGCGCCACCAGUGGCCCCACUCAGACCACCAGCGCCCUCGCCCACGCCUGUGGUGCCCGCGCCUGUGAUGCCCGCGCCUGUGAUGCCCGCGCCUGCACCUGCAGGGCAAUUUUCAGGCAUGACUGCCCCGAUGGCCAUGACAGCAAUGGCCAACAUGGCCAUGCCGUUGGCCUCGCCGCCAGCUGCCAGCCUGGCGACGCUGCUGCGGGGAGGGCAGGUCCAAGGAGCACCACCGGUCGAACUGGCCGACGUGCUGCGGCGCUGGAAGGAGCCGCAGGUCCUGGCGCUGACUCCCGAGGUGGAACGGCAGCUGCAUGGCGUCAUUGCCUCCCUUGAGCACAUGGCGUCGAGAGACGCAAUCAAGAGCGGUCGGCUAUGGAUAGAGUGCAACAGUGCCCUUGCACCGCACAUUGCCAGCCACAUCAUGCGGCGCGUGUCCUUUCUGGUGACGUGUGCGCACAGGCUUCAUGUGCUUUACCUGGUCCACGACCUGCUGCAGACAGAGGCUGCCCGCAAGGAGCCGCUCUUUGUCACAGGGGUGUUGAUGGGGGUUCUCCGCCUGGUCCAGCUCUGGGUGGACCGUGGCAUCCUCUCGGCUCAAGAGGCCGAAGAGGUCAAAGCCAUCACGAUGGCGAAAGAGCUGCCAGGGGUGUUGUCACCGCAGCCCCAGCAGGUGACCGCAGCGGCGAUGCGGCCGGGUGUGCCCGGGCCGUCUCAAACGAUGCCGCCAAUGGCAGGUGCACCGCGGCCCGCAGGAGCACCCUGCUUGGCACCAUAUGGGGCCCCGAUGCCACCAGUGCCCAUGCUUCAUGGUUACCAGAAACAGGCUUUGGCUGGGCUGCAGCAGACGGGCAUCCAGACGCCAGAAACGGUGCCAGUGGGGGUCCUUGCUUCGAUGAUUGCCAGUGUCGCCACUCCUGGCAGGCAUGUGAGGUACAAGCCGCUGGAUCCCGCCAUGACGCCACAGACACUGCCACCAAUGGAGGUUCCAACACCUCAGCUCCUGGCCAAAGUGGAGGAGUUUUACGAGGAUCUCCAAGACGAGGUAAACAGCUCAGCAGCAUCAAAGGGACGCUUUGAGGAGCACCUCCGAUUUGACACUGAUGACCCCUUCCCUCAACUUUUCCGCACUCCUCAGUCCCCACCUUCCAUUCCCCCCGUUGUCGUGGAAGCUCUUCGCAGGGCGAUGUCCAAACGUGCGAUGCCGCAAGCCCUUGUCUUCGUGACAGGGAAUGCCAAGAAGCUCGAGGAGGUGAAGCACAUCCUCGCUUCGGGAGAGGAGGAGCUUCCCUUCGAAGUCACGUCGCAAAAGGUCGACCUGCCUGAGCUGCAGGGCGCAAGCACGCAGGAGAUUGCCGUGCAGAAGUGCCGUCUGGCUGCGGAGCACGUGAAGGGGCCGGUGAUGUGUGAGGACACCUCGUUGUGCUACCAUGCACUGAAGGGCCUGCCAGGUCCCUACAUCAAGUGGUUCUUGGAGAAGCUGGGCCAUGAAGGUCUCAACAAGCUCCUUGCCGGCUACGAGGACAAGUCGGCAUAUGCGCAGUGCCUCUUCACGCUCUGCGCUGGUCCCGGCAAGGAGGUCCAUGUCUUCGAUGGCCGCACCGAAGGGAAGAUCGUAGAGGCCCGUGGCCCGAAGGAUUUCGGCUGGGAUCCAGUCUUCGAGGCCUUGGAGGGCGAGGGGAAGACCUUUGCCGAGAUGACGAAGGAGGCAAAGAACGCCAUCUCCCAUCGUGGCAGGGCGUUGCAGCAGCUACGGAGCUGGCUCAUUGCCAACGCGGCAUCCUUUGCUGAGGAGAGCAAGUAG